GGGCGCUGCUGCCCGCGUGUCCUCAUCUUCGCAGACCCGCCCCGUCGCUGCUCUCUCGCGUUACGUGCGGUGUUUUGAACCGUUCUGUACCCCCUCAGCUGACUUUAAACAGGAUGGAAGAGGAGACAGACCCUGGCGUGUCUUCGCGGACGGAGAGGAAAGCGUUGGAAAAGGCCAAAAUACUUCAACGCGAAAGCGACAGGAGGCUCGUUCGACUGGUCGGAAGAGUCCUGAAGAAACCGGAGGCCGAGCGGUCGGAGGAGGAGGCUGCUGUGUUGCUGCUGCACGGAGAAACCGCGGAGGAGCUCUGCAAGAGACAAGUCCGCAGAAAUGUGCUGAAGAGGAAGCAGGAGGAGGUGUAUGAUGAUGCGGAUGAGCUGAAGAGUAAAGUCAAGCAGUUGGCUGCAGCAGUCGAAAAAGCAAAACACCUGGUGGUUUACACCGGAGCCGGUAUUAGUACGGCAGCAUCCAUUCCGGACUACAGGGGCCCCAAUGGGGUGUGGACACAGCUACAGAAGGGCCGGACCAUCAGUUCGUCUGAUCUGAGUAAAGCUGAGCCGACUCUCACGCACAUGUGCAUUAGAAUGCUUCAUAAGGAAAACCUGGUAAGGCAUGUGGUUUCUCAAAAUUGUGAUGGACUUCACUUGCGAAGCGGUCUACCCAGACACGCCCUGUCUGAGCUCCACGGAAACAUGUUUAUUGAGGUGUGUACAUCCUGUUCACCGGUGAGGGAGUAUGUGCGUUUAUUUGAUGUGACGGAGCGGACAUCGCUGCACCACCACGGGACAGGCCGCAGGUGCAGCCACUGCGGUGGUGAACUCAGCGACACCAUAGUGCACUUUGGGGAACGUGGGACCCUCGAGCAACCUCUCAACUGGAAGGGAGCUUCUGAGGCUGCAGAGAAGGCAGAUGUUAUCCUCUGCUUAGGUUCCAGUCUUAAAGUGUUAAAGAAAUACCCCUGUCUUUGGUGCAUGAACAGACCAGGAAGCAAAAGGCCCAAACUCUACAUUGUCAACCUCCAGUGGACACCAAAAGAUGACCUGGCUGUGCUAAAAAUUCAUGGCAAGUGUGAUGAUGUCAUGAGCCUCCUUAUGGAGGAGCUGAAAAUUCAAAUUCCUGUGUUUGACCGGGCAAAGGAUCCCAUCUUCAGUCUUGCCACAUCUCUGCUUCAAGAAGAGGUCAACAGCCACACUCGUGAGGUCAUAGCUCCCCUUGAUGUGCAGGAGGUCUGUUUACCUGGUUCUGGAGAGCAGGCAGAAGAAGCCACAGCUGUGCUGGGUGGCUGGUUUGGACGAGGCCAAGGCAAAGGAAGGAAGAAGAAGAAGAAAGCUGCGUAAUAGAUGUGAUCAAGAAUGUCUUUGAAUACAUGAAGUGUUUUGGUUGUGCUCUGUUAGAAGCGCUCCGCAUUAUCCCGCCACUGAGUGAGAAAACGUCCAUUAUUCUCCCGCCAAAAGGGAGGUUUCCUCCAAAGAACAGUUUCAAACCAAAUCCUAUAAAAUCAUCUAUUUUCCACUGACCCUCUUUAUGGUCAGUUUGUUUACACACUUGUAAAAUCCAGCAUGUUUGAGCACAAGCUGUAUGUAAAUGGACGUUCAAGUUCUGGUGUCUGUACUGAAAGUUACUACAUAUUUGCUCAUUGCAAGGGAAAUCUUUCAGUAGAACACAAGUUACUGAGCAAAGAUGUCAAAUGUUUCUAGAAGUGUUACGUAUAGUAAAAAUCAUUUUUGUAGUCUAUUUCAGACGUUUACAACGCAAUGUCAAAUGUACUUUUCUUUUGAAAAGUACAUUUUAAAGGUUUUUGGGUUUAUAUGAAUUAUUUCCUGAACUCUAUUCAACUCAGUCAACAUUCAUAUCAGCUGUCGAGCAUUCUCAGGUUUGCGGUUUAAGUAGCACAGCUGUUGUACCUCGGUUUACUGAAGUUGUUGAAUUUGUUUACAUUUUGCAAACCAUGCAGAGAUUCCUCUUGUCCUAUUUUUAUCUACAAAAAUUUAAAUUUAAAUUUCUUUUUAAUUUUACUAAAAUGAUCAUUAGUUGUUUUGUGUCAAGUUAGUUAAAUACGUUUGUAUGAAUAUGUCUCAGGGAGAUCUGGUGCUAUUAAUAACCUCAUCGUACACAUGUAAUUUCUGUUUUUAAAGGCCAGUCUAGCAACAAUGACCUGCUGUACAGCAUCUUUUUUUAACUCAAAGUAGUGGUUAAAAAAUUGAAAAACAGAUCCCAUGCUUUAAUCGAAUUUGUGUCUGGAUCAUGUGCUGUUUUGUUGUAUUGGCCUUAACUUUGACAAGUGAGGUAAUAUCAGUAAUACUAUUCUGGAACACGGAUGUCGGUUUAGCCAAGUGCUUAUCCACUGACUGUAACAGUAGGAAAAGUAACAAAAUAAAACUCCAUGUCCCUUCUUA